GACAUGGAAAAUUUAGGAAUAUCUCCUUAAGUUUAUCCUCUGGGACUACUUAAGGCUAGAAGAUUUUAGGAGAAAGAUGAAAGGCCCUUCUUUCUCUUUCUCCCUUUAAGAAUGGCAGGCAAAUCCCCAUGGAUUGAUCCAUUAGAGGCACCCAGAGAAGGGGGGGCACGUCAUAGACUGUUUUACAAAGUCUAGUGUUUGUGUGGUAACUUUUGGGUCAUGGGGAAAGUUUCAGUGAAUUUAAGGCAAAAAUACUCUAGCCCUAGCUCUUCUAUUUUCUGACAUACACUCUUCACCACACCCCACAUCCCUGCACCGGACCUACCCCCCCCCACCCCCUCCACCUAGACACUAGCUCUUUCUGAGAGGGUUUAAGAAUUCCCUGGCCCCUAUACCCUAGUCUGGCCCCAGACCUCUUUACUGUUUAGCUUCCCUCCCCUCUCCUGGGCCCCGAGCUCUGAAUGACAUUCCCCAGAGGUGCCUGGAGACGCUGCUUUUCUGGGCUGGAUGGGGAGGGGGUUCAUUUGAAUGAGAAUUUGCUCCUUUCAACCCAAAGGGCUGGGGCGGGGUGAUGGGGAGUGGCAGAGUGUGAGAAGCUUCUGGCACCUGCCCUGGCCAACACUGGUGUCUGCAGUCUCAACCUAGAUCCACACAAAUAUACUUUAGGAUCUGACAGUGGUGGGCUCCAAAAUGCCUAGCAGGGGAGCAGGGAGCCAGAGCCAUCUGUACUGGAUAACCGCUACUCCCCAUCUCUCAGCCACAAGCCAAACUGGCCACUGCUUCAUCCUGCUGCUGCUAAUACAGAUAACCUAUGUCUGUGCCCAUGAAGUGCCUGACCUUCUACCUCGACCUGGCUGCUCUGGAGGAAGCUGUUACCCUCCCACUGGCAAUCUAGUUGUAGGCAGGAGCCAAAGUCUCCAUGCCUCAUCCACCUGUGGUUUGAGUGGGCCUGAGCCCUACUGCAUUGUCAGCCACUUGCAGGACUCUGAGAAAUGCUUCUUCUGUGAUUCAAGGGGCCAGGGAGGCCAUAGAAUCAAUAAUGUGAUCUCCUUGAGUGGACCUGAUGGAGAAAGAACAUGGUGGCAGGCAGAGAGUGGUGUGGAAAAUGUCAGUAUCCAGCUGGACUUGGAAGGGGAGUUCUACUUUACCCACCUUAUCAUGACCUUCAAGACUUUUCGCCCAGCUGGUCUACUCAUUGAACGUUCAGCAGAUGGGGGUCAUUCCUGGCGAGUUUAUCGAUACUAUGCUCACAACUGCUCUGGCCUCUUUCCUGGGGUACCUCUUACACCUGGCCGCAAAGUCAGUGACCUCGUUUGUGAUCAGCGAUACUCAAACAUUGAACCAUCAAGUCAGGGUGAGGUAAUUUUUAAAGUUCUGGACCCAGCUAUCCCUGUGGCAGAUCCCUAUAGUCCAGAGAUCCAAGAGUUGCUUCGAGUUACCAACCUGAGGGUGAAUUUCUCCAAACUACACACGCUGGGAGAUGGGCCCCUGGGGGCCUGGGGCCACCGCCAUGGGCCUCACUACUACUAUGCCUUGUAUGAGCUUGUGGUCCGAGGAAGCUGCCUAUGCCAUGGACAUGCCUCUGAAUGUGCACCUGCUCCUGGUGCCCCACCAAGUGUGGAUGGCAUGGUACAUGGGCUUUGUGUGUGUCAGCAUCGGACAACUGGACCCCACUGUGAGCGCUGCCAGGACCUUCAUCAUGACCAACCCUGGCACCCAGCUGAGCCUGGGAAUCCCCAUGCCUGCCAGAAGUGUGAAUGCCACCAGCAUGCCAGGAGUUGCCACUUUGACAUGGCUGUCUUUGUGGCUUCAGGCAAUGUGAGUGGAGGUGUGUGUGAUGCAUGUCAGCACCACACAGCUGGGAGGCACUGUGAGAUUUGCCGACCCUUCUACCACCGAGACCCCCGUGAAGACCCCCGAUCCCCAUAUACCUGUAAAUCAUGUGACUGUGACCCUUCAGGCACUUUGGAUGGGGGUCUCUGUGACACACACACAGAUGAGGUCCUGGGGCUUCUCUCUGGACAGUGUCGAUGCAAAGCCCACGUGUGGGGCCCACGCUGUGAUACCUGUCGUCCUGGUUACUAUGGCCUGAGCCCAGCACUGCCUGAAGGUUGUUUAUCUUGCAGGUGUGAUCCACGGGGCACAGUUCCAGGUGACACCCCCUGCGACCCUAUCAGUGGUGACUGCUAUUGUAAGCGUUUUGUCACUGGCCAGAACUGUCACCAGUGCCUGCCAGAAUUCUGGGGACUAAGCAAUGACUUUACUGGUUGCCGGCCUUGUGACUGUGAUUUUGGAGGAGCCUAUAGCAACAGGUGCUCAUCAGGGGAAGGCCUUUGUCCUUGCCGCCCUCACUUACAAGGUCGGAACUGCCUUGAGCUCCAGUCUGGUUAUUUCUGUGCAGCCCUGGACCAAGCCAUAGCUGAGGCAGAGCUUGGGCAGAGACUCAAGCCCUCUGACCCACGGCUACCUGGAUCCCUUUUGCCUGAUGCCACCCCCAACUGCCUGCCAACAACAGGACCCGUGCUGAAGAGGCUCAGACCCCGGCUCCGGCGCCAACGUAGCAUCGCCUGCCCUCUCCCUAUUACUCGUCGUGGACGUCACAGCCACCAACUAUCCAAGGCUGCUGUGGAGCCCAAGCCUUGGGACAGGGGCCCUCAUACCUCAUCUUGGACAGGCUCUGGGUUUGCCAGGAUUGAAGACAGGGCUGGUCUCAUGCUCCAGGCUCCUUCAGUGCCACGAGCCAUGGAGUAUGACAUUGUGCUACGUUAUGAAGCUCAGGCCCCUGAGGACUGGGAGGCCCUUGUCAGUGUACGAGCCUACUCUCUGCCCAGCAGCACUCGUUGUGCCAACGUGUUGCCCUCAGAGCAACUCUACCAGGUGGCCCUACCUCCCAGGCACAGAGCUGUGGUUCUAUCUAGACCCUUCUGCUUUGAACCUGGAACCAGAUACAUGGUGACCUUGAGACUUCGUCGAGUGACAAGUACACGGGGCCUCGCUGGGGGAACCAUUCUGCUAGACUCACUGGUGCUCCUACCUCGAGUAGAGGAGCUUCCAGGUCUGAGAAGAGGGGACCCCGGGGCAUCAGGGCGCCUGAGAGAACUCGGUCAAACUCAGUGCCUUGAGGCUGCAAGAACACCUCCACUUGGGCCCCCAUCAGAAUCUUGUGCCCGCUUGGUCUGUAGCAUCUCUGCUCUACUAUAUGGUGGUGGCUUGGCCUGUGAAUGUGACCCACAAGGUUCUCUGAGCUCUGAGUGUGCCCGUGUGGGGGGCCAGUGCCCAUGCCGACCUCAUGUCAUUGGCCAGCGCUGUGACCAGUGUGAGCUCCAGACAUAUGGCUUUGGCCCAGCAGGUUGCAGUGAAUGUCGUUGCUCUCCUGAGGGGUCUACCAGUUUGGCCUGUGAUCCUAUAAGUGGACAGUGCUUAUGCAAGCCAGGCAUCACAGGACGAAGGUGUGACCAAUGCCUGCCUGGCCAGUGGGGAUUCCCUCACUGCCAGCCAUGUGAGUGUAAUGGGCAUGCAGAGCAGUGCCACCCACACACAGGUGUAUGCUGGGCCUGUGGAGAUGCCACCACUGGGCGUCACUGUGAAAGGUGCCAGGAUGGUUAUUAUGGAGACCCUGUCCUGGGCUCAGGACAGCAGUGCCGGCCUUGUCCCUGCCCUGGGUUCCUAGGCUCUGGUAACUACCAUGGGACCUCAUGUCAGGCGGAUGGUGGUAGUGAACGAAUUCUGUGUGUCUGUGCUCCUGGUUAUGCAGGUCCUCGUUGUGACCGAUGCUCUGCUGGAUACUUUGGGCGUCCCUGGCCAGAGGGAGUAGUGGGGGGAGCACCAUGCCGACCCUGCCAGUGCAACAACAACAUUGAUCCUAGUGACCCCAUGGCCUGUGACCCCCAUAGUGGGCACUGUCAGCGCUGUCUACACCACACCCAUGGGCCACACUGUUCACACUGCCAGCCUGGAUACUAUGGCAAUGCCCUCCGGCCACGAGGCUGCCGGCGCUGCAGCUGUGACCUACAAGGCACAGUGCCUGCCCGGUGCCUGCCUGGAAGUGGCAUCUGCUUCUGUGAUAGGCUCAGUGGGUACUGCCCCUGCCGCCCACAUGUCCUAGGACGACUCUGUGACCGCUGUGCUCCCCAGUUCUGGAACCUGGGAGGGCCUCGGGGCUGUGAGCCCUGUGCUUGUCAUGCCCAGCACUCCCUGCAGCUCACCUGUCAUCCAGUCACUGGUCAGUGCCCAUGCCAGGAAGGAUUUGGAGGACGUACCUGCUCACAGUGCCAGGAAGGGUACUGGGGGGACCCAGAGAAGGAGUGCAGAGCUUGUGCCUGUGACCCUCAGGGCUCAGUCUCUCUGCAUUGCCACCCUAGGACGGGGGCCUGCUCAUGUCUCAAUGGUAUCUCAGGCCCUCAGUGUAAGGCCUGUGUCCGGGGUUCUCAGGGCAGUUUCCCCCACUGCCGGCCCUGUCCAACUUGCUUCUCUCACUGGGAUAGCCGACUAAGUCGCCUCCAGCAGCGGCUGGCCACACUGGCUCAGGGGAGGGAUGCCCUGAGUGAGGCAGCUACUGACCGGAGCAGUGGGGGGCGGUUGCUGUCCCUGGAGGCUGCCCUGGGACACGUCCAAGGAGUCUUGGUGUCCACCUCCCCCCUGGUGGGGCCCUUGCAGCAGCUUUCAAAACAGCGGGAUGGACUCAGGAGGGAGGCAGCCAUGCUGGGUCGAGCACUUCGAGGGGUGGAACGCAGUGUGGCUGUGAGUGGUCCCUGGGCUAGAGCUCAGCAUGCCCGCAUAGGCCAGCUGACAGAAGAAAUGGAACAUCUUAAUCGCUUGGCCACCCAGCUCAGAGAGGCCCCUCAGGGAGCCCAGGAUGCUGUUUCCCUAGUCUCCAAGGCUGCUCUCAUCUCCCAGAAGGCUGAAUUUGGUAUCAUAGUCACAACUGCCCUGACAAACACAGAGAGUGCCCUGAGCCAAUCCCGUAAUGUCCGGCGCAGAACAGAGGGGCUGUUGCAAGAAAUGAAGCCUCCCAGCAGGGCAGCUGCUUGGGGGGAGCAGCUCCAAGCACUUGUGAAUGCCUCCUGGGCCCUGAACCCCAGCCUGGCCCAGCUCAAGGUCUGUGGGGGACCAUGGGGUAUGGGGAGGGCCUGUGCUCUCUCCCCCUGUGGGCCAGCCUCUUGUUCUGGAGCAUUGCCCACUUCCCUGUGGGCACUUGGAACUGCUCAAAACACAUCCCAUGCUUUGGGUACCACAAGUACCAGAUUGGGGCGGCUACAUCGACGGCUACAACGGGUUGGGACCGUGGCAGGGGCUGCCCACUCACAAGCUGAGGAAACACUGAGCCGAGCUCGAGCCACGUGGUAUGGGGCUGGCACUGCCUCCAUGUUGGCCACUAUCCAGAGGAUCCGGGCCUUCCUCACAGAUGAGGGUGCAGACCCUGAGAGUGUGGAGCUGGUGGCCCAAAGGGUCCUGAAAAUUCCUCUGCCCCAGGGGGGCCAGAGAGCUAUAGAACAGCUGUUGGAAGAGAUCCAAGAUGCCCUCCAACUUCCAGAUAGUAUGGACUGGGCUCUGCCUUCAGCCCAGGACCUCCUUCGGCAAGCCCAAUGGGCCAGGGAGGAUGCAGGCAGAACCCAGGACAAUGUAAUGAAGACCCAGGGAGUUCUAACUGAGGCCCAGAACAAUGUAGGAAGAGCUGAGAAACAGCUUCGGAAAACCAAGCAGGCCCUGCGGAGCCUAGAGGUUCAGACACAGGAGGUAGCCUUAGGGCUAGUUCAGGUGGCACAUGAUCUGGAUGUAGGUCCCACCCUGGACCAGCUCCUGGGAGCAGCUGAUGCUCUACAAGCCCAGGUGUCACAAAAUAAACUACAGCUACAGGAGGCCCAGGAGCAAGCAGAACAAGCAUCAGACACAGCUGCGAACUUGGGCAAGGACCUGCAGACAGCCAAGCUACAGUUCUCAGAGCUACAGUCUGGGAUCAAUGGCCUUGGGGAUGAAGUGAAUGGGGCCAGACAUCGUUUGCAGCGAAUUCAGGCAGAAGCCAGAGAGCUGCUGAAGAAAGCAAGUAGGAGCCGAAACCGUCUAGAAGGCCUGGAGAAACGUUUUGCUCUGAAUGAGCAGGCACUUGGAGAGAAGGCAGCUGAGCUUCAGACCCUGGAGAGUAGAGCCCUGGGACUACUGGAGCAGCUGAGACAGGAGGCCAGUGCCCACGCCACCUGCUGAUGCGCCCACGCCCAGUAAAACAAAGAUACUCCCAAGAUAGAGCCUCUCCAGGACCUCCCUACGCCCCCAUCUGCCCCUGCAGAGGGACCCCUCCUCUCUCUGCACUGUGUAGGGGGACCCUGGCCCCCCCCCCCCCCCCCCCCCCCCCCCCCCGGCCCCACCGAAGCUCUGUAGCUCCCUCCCGCCCCAUAGGUCCGCCCAGCCUCUAAGUACCCUCAGCUCCUGCUUGUCACUUAAUCUUGCCGGAAAGCAAUUGAACUCUCGGUUCUGCCCCUGAAUCUCUCCUGCCCCUCCCCAAGUCCCGCCUCCGGAGCCCCCCCCCCCCCCCCCCCCGGGACAGGGCGGGGCUCACCCUCCCUCACGCUCCCGCCCUCGAUGCGGGCUCGCGCAUUCCGGGACCCUCGCCCUCCGGCGCAGAUACUGCGCGCGCGCCCGGCCCACCACAAAGUCCGGAGCGGAUCGGGCGGCAGCGGACCGCGGACCGGGCCUGGCCCAUAACCAGGCUCUUCUGAUGCCGCAGUCUUGGCUCCUACUGUCCCUAGUACUUGUAUGAUUCUUUCUCCACCCCGUCCCCGUUAUUCUUGUUUGCUGCACCCAUUCCUCCACUGGGAAAUUGAGGAAGCCUGUGCUUGUGCAGAAUGGAAAGGAUAGGCCUCUCCUCACUUUGGAUUCUCAUCCCGGGGAAGAAGCCAGCCUGGGCUCUGAGAUUGAGAAAUCAAUGGUCUGAAGCAUAUGGACACCUACCUCCCCCUACCCCCGGCACUUGGUCAUUUGGGGUCCUCUCAGAAAUCCACAAACCUUUCUUGCCCCACCCACACUGAAGAGAACCGGCAACCUUUCCUUUAUGGCCUCAUAGCUCUCCCUAGAACUCCUUCCCUUCCACUUUAGCACUGAGCCAGGCCUGGAUAUGGGACUUUGCAAUCUCUUUUACCCAACAUGAAGUUUCUGCUGGGCUUUGAGGGAAAUGCAGUGGUUGGAUAAGAUGGUCCAAGCCUGCCUGGAAGGAACCUCAAAUCCACCACCUUCAUUUUAGAGGAGAAAACUGAGGCCCAGAGGGGUCUCAUAGAACUUAUCACGUAACUGAUAAAAAAAAAUAGUCAACGUUAGUCUGCAGUACUUUUCUAUGAUACCUGGGUGAAAAAAACACUAGCAUGAUAAGUGCAUCUUCACUUAAAAGAAGGAACCUCUUCACUGGCCUCCCCAGCCUUUAACCUCAUUCCUUCUCUCCAAUCUAUCUUGCAUAAAAUGCUAUUGUAAUCCACCUGAUGCCUUACUAUGAUAUUCCUCUGCUCUGAAACCUUCAGUGACUACCCUUUGCCCACAGAAUAAAAGCAUAUAGUUCUAGAUUCAUAGACCCUCAAAUCCAACAUGGAUUCCUAUGUUUUGCAGAAAAUGGAUCUGACACCCUCAGAAAGCUGAAGGAUUUACCAAGGCCACAGCUGGUCAAUAACAGAGCCAGGACCAGGCUCCGGGCUUGCUACUAUCCAGGCUACAUACAUUCCCCCUACAUACAUACACCCCAGCAAGAGUGUGAAGCAACCUCAUUUCCUAAUUCAAUCUCUUCCUGAUCUUCAAGGUUUAUCUAGUUUCACCUAUUCCAAGAAGCCUCUCAGACUGGUGUCUCUUGACCCUUUCCCCAUCCUUCAAGGAUUAUUUUAGGUCCCAGGAAGCUUCUGAAUUUCCUCUGUCUCACCUCCUCAGCCAGAUCUGCUAGUGAGAGUCAAAUCUGUCCCCAUCCGUGUUCUCCCCCCAACCCCCUUUUGCAAGACCUAGUGGAAUGGUGGGUGUUCCUGACCCAGGCUAGGGGAAAUAAAUAAAAUUGAUGAUUCUUGAUUGAUCUCUGUGCUGUAUCCCAUCCCCUUCUAUUAUAUAAGACCAUAGAAUUUCAAACCAGAGGAUAUAUUAGAGAAGAUUUAGACCUUGACUUUAAUUUUAAGUCG